AUGUCCAGCUCCGCCCUCGACGCGGGUCUGGUCGCCUACCUCGCCGCCCACGCCCCGAACAACGCUGCCGACGAGACGGACGCCGUCAAGGCCUCCCAGGCGCUCUUCCCCGCGGCCGCCUACACCGACGCCGAGAAGCAGGAACUCGCCCAGUGGCUCUCCUCGGCCGCGCACAUUGCCUCGUCCGCCGACGACGCCGCAAAGGCCGCCGACCGCCUGUCGUCGCUGAACACACACCUCGCCAGCCGCACCACCCUCCUUGGCGCCAAGCCCUCGGUCGCAGACAUUGCCCUCUACCAGAAGCUGGCCCCCGUCGUCGCCCAGUGGACCGUCGAGCAGCGCACCGGCGAGCAGGGCUACCACCACAUUGUCCGCCACGUCGACUUUGUGCAGAACUCGCCCGUCUUCGCCCUGAAGCUGGACGACAAGGUCCGCGUCGACCCCGACGACGUCGUCUUCAAGAUCAAGCCCGUCGACGCAAAGGCCGAGAAGGAGCGCAAGAAGAAGGAGAAGGAGGCUGCUGCUGCUGCUGCUGCUGCUGCUGCUGCUACUACUGCUGCUGCUACUACUGCUACUACUGCUGCUGCUACUACUGCUACUGCUACUACUACUACCACUACCGCUGCCACACCCACAACCCCCGCCGGGCAGGGCGCCGAAAAGGCGAGCAACAAGGACAAGCCUGCAAAUCCCACACAAGACGCCAAGGCUGCAGCGCCCGAGGGCGCGCCCACGCAGAAGAAGGAGAAGAAGAAGAAGGAGCCCAAGCCGCAGAAGCCCGCACCCGUCGAGAAGCCCCUCUCGCCCGCCCUCAUCGACCUGCGCGUCGGCCACAUCCUGAAAGCCGAGACCCACCCCAACGCCGACUCGCUCUUCGUCAGCACCAUUGCCUGCGGCGACGCGCCCGGCACGGACAACACCUCCGAGUACGAAGGCCAGGUUGUGCGCACCGUGUGCUCCGGACUCAACGGCCUGAUCCCGCUCGCCGACAUGCAGAACCGCAAGAUCGUCGCCGUGUGCAACCUCAAGCCCGUCACCAUGCGCGGCGUCAAGAGCUGCGCCAUGGUGCUGGCCGCUAGCCCGCGCGUCCAGGACGGCGACGACGCGCACAAGGGGCCUGUGGAGCUUGUGGACCCGCCGCAGGAUAGCAAGGCGGGUGACCGCGUCUUCUUCGAGGGCUGGCAGGGCGACCCGGAGCCUGUCCUCAAUCCCAAGAAGAAGGUCUGGGAGUCCAUCCAGCCGGGCUUCACCACCACCGAGGGCCGCGACGUCGGCUUUGAUGUCGCCCAGGUCCCGCUGUUGAGCGCCGGGGGGAAGACGGGCGUGGCGAAGCUGAGGACUGCGGCGGGGCUGUGCAGUGUGCCUACGCUCACGGAUGCUGUUGUGCGGUGA